UGCAGCGUUACAAAAGUGUGUUCGCCUUUACAGACAAUGUCGGUUCGCGCCGUUUCCUGUGAAGAAAAAUAACAAUAACAUAGAUAGGAUUUAUAUGUCAAGUCGAUAGUACACGAAAUUAACACACAGAACGUCCAAAUUAUUAGGCAAAUUUUAUUACUGUGGAAUUCACGUAGCAUAGAUCCUAUAGCUUUAGUGUUUACUUUCCUUGUUUUGCCAUCGGGGGAAAAAACUGCUCGAACUUCGAAGACUCGGCUCAGUCGAGGACGGGAGUCUGAAGAGAAACCACUCAUUCAAUUUUAUCCGAUGUAUCGAACGAUUAUUUAUGUCACUGGCAAUUGAUUUGUAAAGAUGAGUGUGAUAGCUAGAGGGACAACGAAGGCAGUUAAGAUUGUGUACCCUUCAACCUGUAAGGAGGUCACAGAGGAGCUUGGAAAGGAUGAGCUGGUCCGCAGGUUAAAGCUGAUAGCGAGGGCAUUCCAGGACAUGGGUCAGGAUGAGAACGAGCAGUACUCCGGCCUGGCUCUGCACCUCGCCACAGACUUCUUCCUGGAGCAUUCCAACAAGGAUGUACGCCUGCUGGUGGCCUGCUGUAUUGCAGAUGUGUUCCGCAUAUUUGCACCAGAGGCCCCUUACAGGGACACCUCACAUUUAAAGGACAUUUUCAUGUUCCUCAUCAAACAAUUACGAGGCUUAGAGGACCCAAACUCACCAACUUUCAAACGAUAUUUCUACCUUUUAGAGAAUCUAGCGUGGGUGAAGUCUUUCAAUAUUUGUAUUGACCUCGAUGAUAAUCAGGAAAUAUUCUGCAGCCUUUUCAAGCUUAUGUUUGCAAUAAUCAAUGAGAAGCACACAGGCAAGGUGAAAGGUUUUAUGUUGGAUAUGAUGUCACCGCUACUCACAGAGGCAGAUAUUGUAUCACAGGAGCUGCUAGAUAUACUCUUAAUCAACAUUGUAGAGCCACACAAGACCCAGAAUCGUCAAGCCUUUGGUUUGGCCAAGGAUCUCCUGAUCAGAACAUGUAACUCCAUAGAGCCCUAUGUGCAAGCUUUCUUCAAUAAUGCCUUAAUGCUGGGCAAGACCUCUGAAAGUGAGCUGUCUGAACACAUGUACGAACUCAUCUAUGAACUUAACACUAUUUGUCCAUCCGUGCUGUUGUCUGUACUACCACAACUAGAAUUUAAACUAAAGAGCAAUGAGGAGUCAGAGAGAAAGGCAGUGACCAAGGUGCUGGCCCGCAUGUUUUCAGACCAGGGCUCCAACCUGGCAGAGCAGAACAAGCCCCUGUGGAACUGCUUCGUUGGCAGAUUCAAUGACAUCAGUAUCACUGUGAGGACUGUGUGUGUGCAGUCAUCUGUGAACUUCAUCACCCACCACCCAGAACUAGUCAAGGAUGUAUUGGAGCAAGUGAAGAUUCGUCAGCACGAUUCGGAGGAGACUGUACGUCAGGAGGUUGUCACAUCCCUGGUAACCAUCGCUAAGGCCAACUUUGACAUCAUGACUGACGAGAUGCUGGAGGUCAUCAAAGAGAGGACUCGAGAUAAGAAGUUCAAGAUCCGCCGUGAUGCCCUGAUGGGUCUUGCACACAUCUACCGCAGUGCCACUCUGAAAGAGGCGGUGCCUGAGGCCACACUCAACAAGAUCUCCUGGGUGAAGGACAAGGUGUUCCACACAUACUACCAGAUCAACCCAGAUGAUAGGAUAUUGGUGGAGAGGCUGUUCAACGUGUGUCUGGUGCCGUACACACUGCCCCCAGCUGAGAGGAUGAAACGCCUCUACCUCUUGUACUCAAAGCUAGAUGAGCCCGCAGUCAAGGCUUUCCAUGAAAUGAUGAAGCACAGAAAUAUUGUCCGUAUGCAUGUGAAGUUCAUAUUGGACGGUCUAGACAGUAUGAUGGCCAACCCUAAAGAGCAUAUACCCCUACUUCCCAGGUUACAACAGCUCUCAAAGACGUUGCCUGAUCCGCCCAAGUCCCUGGAACAGUUGAAGAAGCUCCAGGAGCUGUUGAGGGACGACAAGCGAUUGCGGUCCCUCGUACGUUACCUAGUCAGCGCCGAGUGCACCUGUCGCAAGGCCAACGAUAAUGUGAAAGACAUCCUAAAGAAGCUAGGAGGCCAGGCGUCUGCGAGCAGUCCAACACAGUCCCCCAUCUAUAUCACAACCAAGAGCCUGCUGGAGAGGGUUGCCCCUGUGAUGGUGGACGCGCAGGCUAUAGCUCACCUUGUGAAGCACGUGGAGGAUGCUAUCAGGGGCCACGGGACCAUCGCUGACGAGAUCGACAACCCUGGAGAGAAAGGGGCCACACUUCUACUGUGUCUGUCAGGUGUUUUCCCCCAGUUCUUCAAGGGAACGGAGACAUUUGAAAGCCUCAUACAGUUUCUCAAAGAGGAGGAGGCUGUUGGAGACCUGACCCUACAGAUCCUCACUAACUGUGGUACAGAUCUGGAGACCCAGAGUCCAGAAGUGUUUGCCAAGUUGCUGCCUGAGCUGCAGAAGAAUGCUAAGAUGGGCAACCCCAAGCAGGCUAAGCAUGCGGUCCGCUGCAUCAACAAGAUUGUGAACAACAGGGAGGCAGUGCUCUCACAGGUGUUUGAGCAUGUGAAGAACAACUUGAAGCCUGAAUCUGCCAACUACAUCACGUCUAUAGUGGCCCUGGGCCACAUCGCCAACAUGUGUCCCGAGGAGUUCUCACAGAGUAUGAAGACCAUUGUAUCCAAGGACAUCGUGAAAGAUCUCCUCAUGGAAGACAGGACACAUGGAGAGCCAGUAAUUGACAGCUGGUAUGGGGACCACCAUGUCACAGAGGAGACCAAUGCUAAGCUCCAAGCGAUGAAGCUGCUAAUGCGUUGGCUGCUGGGACUGAAGAGCAACAUCAACAACUGCUGCACGUCCACCCUGAGGCUCCUCUACACGGUCAUCGUACACGAGGGAGAUCUUAUGGAGAAGGGGCUCAUCAACAAGCCAGAGCUGGCCCGUCUACGUCUGCAGGCCGGCUGUGUGAUCCUCAAGCUGGCAGAGGAGCCCGUGUUUGCAGACCUCAUACAGAGAGAGCAGUUCCAGGCCCUGGCCUUGCUUAUCAACGACAGCUGUUAUCACGUUCGUGUGAGGUUUGCAGAGAAGCUCAACAAGGGGCUGUUUGCUAUGAAGCUUCCCCUGGAGUUCAUGUCCAUAUUCAGCCUGGCAGCCAACGAUCCAGUGAGAGAGAGGCGCAUGCAGAUCAAGAAGUUCAUUCAGCAGAAUAUCCAGCGACGGCGAGACUUCCUAAGGCAAAAUACCAAAUUGGGAGGGAAGAUGUUCUUAUAUCUGCCAGACUAUGUGAUGCCGUACACCAUACAUCUGUUAGCACACGAUCCUGAUCUCAAGUCAUACGAGGACGUGCAGGCAUUGAAAAACAUCAAAGAAUGUCUGUGGUUCAUCAUGGAACCCCUGGUGGCCCGCAGUGAGGACUACAACUAUCAUUUCUUCCGGCGCCUCAUUGAGAACAUCAAGCAGGCCAAGGACGCUCAGGGACCUGAAGAGGAGGACACUAACAAGAAGCUGUACGCUGUGUGCGAUGUAGCUCUGGGACUUCUACAGAAGAAUCUCACCAACAUCGUGCUGAAGGACAGCAAUGUGGACCCAGUGUUGCCUGCCAAACUUUUCACCAAGCCAGACAAGAUGGUUCUGAAUAGCACAGUGUAUUUACCAAAGGAUUUCAAUUUCGAGAAGAAAAAAGUGCAAGGAGAGUCCGCUGAUGUGCCCGCCCCUGUGUCUCCCCUGGUCACGGGUGGCAUGAUAUUCUACCGGGGUCGUAACCAGCCCAAGCCCACAACCCUGGAGACAAUAGUUGUAGAGAGCCCAGGGCCUGUAGUGAACCCUCUCCCCAUCUGCCCCAGGGAGCCACGGCCCAAGAAGAAACAGAAACAGGAGGAGACCAGCCAGGAGGACUCUAGCGAGUCUGAGAAGGCCUCACCCAAGAAGAGAGCUGUCAAGUCUAGAGGGUCAAAAACUGCAAAGGGUACAGCAGUGUCUGACGAGGCGAGUGAAUCUGGCGACGCAGGAAACACUGAGGGCUCUGAAACUAACUCUGAGCCGAAAUCCACCCCCUCUCCUAAAAAGACUGGACGUGGACGACGAAAGAAAGUUGUAGAGGUAGAACAAGGUGAUCAGGGAGAGGAAGUUGCUGUACAAGACUCGUCUGAGAAUGUGGAGGAUUCCCCCGAAGAUAUAGAGACGUCAGAAGCGAAGGAUACCUCGACACAGGACUCUGAGAAUUCUCCACCCAAGAAAAGACUUCUUAAAAGAACAAUGGCUGAAUCAAAGACAGCCGCUAAGGAAAGUAAAAAGGCUAAAAGAACUGAUAGUGACAGUCCUGCUUCUAUUAAAAGUGAUAAUGCUAAGAAGAAAAGUGUGCAGAAAAAAGGCAAGGGGGUUGUGAAUGGGGCGGGAAAGGGGAGGGGUCAAGGUGUGAAAAGGGCGGCAUCAGCUGAGGAGGAGGGGGAGGGAAAGGAGGAAAUAGAGGAAGAAGGGGAAGAAAAUGAAGAGGAGGAGACUGUAUCUCCCAGCAAGAAACGCAAGUUUAACUUGGAGAAAGAUGCAGUUCCAGCUGCUAAACUGACCAAGAAGGCUGCUGCUAAACAGAAAUCUAGUGCAGCAAGCAGUCCAGCUAGUACCUUAUCCAGUCCAGGCAAAAAGUCACCAGGCUUAACACCCAGUCCAGGCAAAAAGUCUCCUGGCUUUAAGUCCAGUCCGGGCCUCAAGUCCCCAGGCAGGGGAAAGAAUCCGAGACCUGCGGCUAGUGCAACCCUCACCAACAAGAAUGUACGGCGGGCGAAGCCUCUUGCCAACGGCACAUCAGCAUCAGACACGGACUUGAGCUCACCUGGGAAGGCAGCCGCCCUCUCACGAGUCAUACAGAAAGCAAACCUGGGCAAGAAUACAAGGAAAACACCAACAAAGGAUAAGAAGAAGUGAACAGCUUGAGAGUCUCCUGGGUCUAGGAAUCGACUGAUUUUAAAUGAGUGAAACACAUGUGGUGUUUUGAUGAACAUUUGUUGUAACUUUAUGAAGUUUGUAUGAAAUUCAGUUUUAUCAAUCAAUUGUAAUUUAUAGCAAUGAGUUUUACUUGAGAUUUGUUUCUUAACGUAAAAGGCUUGUGGAUCUGAUGUUAAAGGAAACCAAACCUUUGGAGCAUAUGAUGAUGAUGAUGAUGAUGGAGCAUAAGAGUAAGGUCUGGAUUAAAGUUGAAGUAUGACCCGUAUAUUUGUGAACAUGAUGUUAUCAUAUGGGAUUUUUACAAAUGAAACAAAGUGAUUAUUGGUUAGAAAUUGUUAUGGCAUGAAGUUGAUGUGUUUUUCUUUAUUUGAGUCAACAUUUCUUGUUGUGUGUGUCUUUAAAUAUAGAGCACUCAAGAUCGAGUCAGGAAGGAUUUUGAGGACUUGCCUAUUAAAUCAUCAUACCAUCAUACACAUUUCAUUAUUUUAAGAAUGCGGCUUAUUUCACUAUGACCCCUGCUCUGGCAGAACAGGGCUUAAUGAAUGUGUGUAAUGUGUCAUCCCAGAAUAGCCUGUGCAGUCCUCAAAGACUUAUCAGGGACAUGAAUUCCUGAUUGAAUGGAGUUUUAGUUUGAAUGAAGUCUAUUCUAAAUGAAAAUACUGUUAAGAUAGAAAAUGCCUGCACAAACUAUACAGGAUAAUCUGGGAUGACACUUUAAGCACAUGCAUUAAGGCCAGUUUUUUCAGAAAGAGGCUUAUGUUUAUAACAUACUAAACAGUUUGCAGUUAAGCUGCCUGAAAACGUAAACCUAUUCAUGCUUAUUUGUUUAUAGAAAUUAAGUUUUGCUAAACAAACCUUAGAUUACACAUAGUUGUCGUCUAAAAUUUUAGCAGAAUAUCUGUUAUUUGUAGCAGAAUAUUUGUUAAGAACCAAUUUUACUUAAUAACAAAAACUGAGAAGUAAUGUUAAAUUAAAACCUAGUUUAAAAGCAUAUGGGAUAUAAAGCAUGCUAUAAUUCUUUGUUUUCAAUAUUUAUCACAAUUUAAUUUACUAGUAAACAGAAUUCUGAGCAGUAUGCUAUGACAACUGAAGUCAUUGUAAAUGUAUUGUAUGGUGAAAGCUGAGCUAGAUUUGUUCGCUUUACAAGAGAGCCUCUCUCUAGGAGUUAAUGUGGAUUAAUGCAUGUGUAAAGUUUCGUCACAGAUUAGAAUGUUCAGCACAUGCUAAUUAGGGAUGUUCUGCUUUAACUGGAUAUUUGCCAAGAAGUGACUUCUUUACACAAAAUUCAAGAAAUGCAGAAUGUUUGGUCCCCAAUUAGGCUAGACUGUGCAGACUGCGAAGGCUAAUCUAGGAUGACACUAUGCCCAUGCAUUAAGCCCUGUUUUCAUAGAAUGAGGCUUGAGUGUUUUAUUUGAAAUCGGUUUUAAUAUGUUAAACAUGUUAACUAUUAUUUGUUUGUUUGGCUUGGAUCAUGUUCAACUUUGAAUGCUAUUAUAAAGUUAAGUAUUUAUAGACAGAUAUAAUAAUACAUGUAGUGUGCAUUUCCUUUUAUUUGCAGUAUUAUUAAUUUUAUAAUGAAAAGCAAAAUAAUUACUAUUUAAUAAAUGAAUAAGAUGCAGCAAAACAAAAAAAAUAAGAUGCAUAACAAAACUGGAAUUCACAUUUUCAAUUUUUGCAAUUAGAUGAUUUUUUUAUAUCAAAUCUUCCCUGAUCUUUUAUGGAAGUUUAAGAAAUUAUUUUGAUAUUCAGCUUUGUUAAAUGCGAUGUUUUUACAUGUUAAUUUAAAUUGUGAAAGAUAUGUACAAAUUGUCUGAAUUCGAAUGUUCACUGGCAUUUGUUUUCCAGAAAUAAACAAUGUAGCAAUGUGUGUAGCAAUGUGUUAAGGUUCUUUUACCGUUUACUAUGCCGAUGUGUGUAUAUAAAUGUAAGGAUUCAGUGUCAUGUACUUGUAAAUUGUCAACAAAUGAUGUUCAUUCCUUCAUCAAUUGAUGAUUCAUUCUGCGAUUAGCAUUAACUUUAUUUUCCCCUUCACCAUUUUCUAAAUUUCAUACGUGAAAUAAAAAGUUCAUUGUGUUAA